UACUCCAAUCUCCAUGCCCUUGCAAUCUCAUCAUCUUCAAUUCCCAAUUCAUUGGUUUCCUCUCAAGUUUCAGGUACUCCCUUCUUGAAUCUAAUGAGCUUUAUUCAUAGAUCUCUUACUAUUUUCGAACUUUGAUUGCAAACACCCAACUAAUUAUGAAGUUAGUCACGGGAAGCCUCAAUCUCAAAAGAGGUGUGUAUGCCCUCAUCAUUAUCUUUGCAUUGCUUGCAUUUGCAUUUAGUACUACAACCCUCUCAAGAUUCUACUCUCAGAAACCUUCCUCUUUCUUCAACAACUACCUAAACCCCAAUAUUGAUCAUCAAGAAGUCACUCUCAACAAUCUGGUCGAUACCAUCAUCGAAAAACUAGUCGAAGAAAUCAGAGAGUCAAGAUCAUCUAAGGACAAGACAAGAACCCAAUAUGCAACUUUCCUCACCGAGAUCCUAACUCUCACAGCCACAAUCAGAUCAAGAAGCCAAGAACACCUACACAGCCAGGAAGCAAAAACCGCAAUAGAAGCCACAACCAUCGAUGAAGAAUUCUUUCUCAUUGAAGAAAUUCGGAAGUACAUCAGAAUCAAACCCAACAGAUUACGCAAGCAAAACUUCAUGGGCGCCAACGGGACAUUCACAAGCAUUGGCCACGCUUGUUUCGCAAUGAAAGAAGAACUGGAAGAGUACAUGAACUAUGAUGUUGGUGAUUUCUGCAAUGAUGACUGGAAACUAGCACAGAGAUUAAUGGUACAUGGAUGUGAUCCUCUGCCAAGAAGAAGAUGCUUCUCUCGAGCUCCUAAAUACUACACGAAGCCCCUUUCGAUUAAUGAGAGUCUCUGGAAUAUUCCAGAUGAUCUAAAUGUUCGUUGGAGUAAUUAUCGCUGUAAGAAAUUUUCUUGUCUUGGUGAACUUAACGCAACUGGCAAAGGUUUCUUCAAAUGUUCAGAUUGUUUCAAUUUGACUCUUCAUGAGAAACCCAGAUGGAUCGAGCCUGUUUUUAUCGAUCAAUCAUCGAAUGUAACUGCAGAUAUAAUGAUACAAGAUGUUUUGAUGAUUAAACCUGGUGAAAUUCGAAUUGGACUAGAUUUCAGUGUUGGUACAGGUACUUUUGCCGCCAGAAUGAGAGAGUCCAAUGUAACAGUUGUCUCUGCUACGAUCAAUCUUGGAGCUCCAUUCAGCGAGAUGAUUGCUCUCAGAGGGCUAAUUCCGUUAUAUCUGACGAUAAAUCAGAGGCUACCGUUCUUCGAUAACACGUUGGAUAUCAUUCACACGACGAGGUUUUUAGAUGGCUGGAUUGAUUUUGUGCUGCUGGAUUUUGUGUUGUAUGAUUGGGAUAGAGUUUUGAGGCCUGGAGGGAUUUUGUGGAUUGAUAGCUUCUUUUGUUUGGAGAAGGAUUUGGAUGAUUAUUUGUUUGCAUUUGGGAUGUUGAGGUAUAAGAAACACAAAUGGAUUGUUGUUCCUAAGGUUGAUAAAAAUGGGAAUGAGAUGUUUUUUUCUGCUGUUCUUGAGAAACCAGGGAGGCCUUUUUGAGUUGAAUUUAGAUAGGAUUUGCGUUGUUUGUUUGAUGGGAAAUUAAGAUAUUUUGUCUGAUUUUAACCCUGUAAUAGGAGAGAGGGAUUCUGAUUGGUGCUGAGUGAUAUUAUAAUAAAGUAAUUUGAUAAGUUCAGACAGAGAAAGAGAGAGAGAUGUAUAAUGGAAA